AUGGAGAGCAGCGACGACGGAUCGACCCUUAGCACCGACCAUAUCAACACCCUCAUCACCAUCGAGCGCACGGGUGCAGGUCUUUCCAUGGCCGCUAUCCUCCUCACCGUCGUCUCGUUCGUGGCCUUCAAGAAGCUCCGCACCACGCCCAAUACGUUCCUUGUAUUUGCUUCCGUUGCAAACGCCGGCGCGAGCGUGGCCUCCAUGAUCGGAUACGACGGGCUCCGGAUGGGUGAAGAAUCGACGCUAUGUCAGGCCCAAGGCUUCAUAUUCGAAUGGUUCAUGCAAGCCGACCCCUGGUGGUCGUUCGCCAUGGCGUUAAACGUCUUCCUGGUCUUCUUUAACAACGCCAGCCCGAAAAAUUUCCAAAAAUACACAUGGGCAUACUGCGUGGUUUGUUUCGGCGGGCCAAUGCUGCCGGCCGUCGUGCUCGUCUCCAUCCGCGACCAGGAGCGAGGCCCGAUCUUUGGCGACGCAGCCUUGUGGUGUUGGAUCAGGCCUCAGUGGAGCACUGUUCGUCUUUACGCAUACUACAUACCCAUUUGGAUCUGUAUCCUUCUCUCUAUCCUCAUCUACAUCGCCGUGGGAUAUCACGUCUUUCGCAGCAGGAACCAGCUGCGGAACGUGACGUUCCAGCACCCGGCUGGCAAUUUCCGCAGCGCAUCCCUGACGGACAGCGACAACGGAAGUUCCGGGGAAGAGAACCCCGCGAGACAGACUGGCUGCUACGGAGUCGCAGUCACAGAGGUCCAGGUCACCACCAACUUCUCCGGUUUCGCGGACGAUGAUAUCCCCGCCCUGCCGGCAGCGGUGCACAGAACUCCGUCCCGGAUUUGCGGCGGAUCAUGGCUGGAUCCCCCAAACGACUCGGACAGCGAGAGGGUUGUGCCUACGCAGCAGUUUGAGACGACUUGUUCGGCUGGGAAGCGACAUACUAACAGCACCUCUCUGGCCAGCAAAUUCGGGGCGUUGACGUCCACAGCGUCGAUGAAGCUCAAGCGUUUGGAUUCUGUAAAGAUGGCAUAUCUAAGGACGAGCUUCAUUUUUGGACUUUCCGUGCUGAUUACAUGGAUCCCCAGCUCCAUCAACCGACUUUACAGCCUAAAAAACGGAGGGCAAGUCAGCUAUACUCUUAGCAUUGCCAGCGGUUGCGUGCUGCCGCUUCAGGGUGUCUGGAACGCCAUCAUCUUCUUCACGACCAGUUGGUCAGAGGUCCAGGCCGAGACGAAGGCAGUCAAAGCAAAAUUCGGUUAUGGAAGCGUAGCCUCGAUGCCAGGGGAUUAA